CGCCCGGCGCCAUGGCCGCGCUGCUGCUGCUGCCCGCGCUGGCGCUGGGGCUGUACGCGCUGCUCCACGCGCGCCUGGGCGGCGGGGCGCGCUGCCGCAGCCGGGCCGCCCUGCGCGGCCGCACCGCGCUCGUCACGGGGGCCAACGCCGGCAUCGGCCGCGCCACCGCGCUGGACCUGGCCCGCCGCGGCGCCCGCGUCGUGCUGGCUUGUCGCAGCGCCGAGCGAGGGCAGGCGGCCGCCCGCAGCAUCCGCCAGGACACCGGGAACAGCGACGUCCUCUUCAUGAGCCUGGACCUGGCCAGCCUGGACUCCGUGCGAGCCUUCGCCGAGACCUUCCUGCGCUGCGAGCCCCGCCUGGACCUCCUCGUCCUCAACGCAGGCAUCGCGUCCGGGGGCCGGCGGUCGGACGGCUGCAACCUGGUGUUCCAGGUGAACCACCUGGGCCACUUCCUGCUGACGCAGCUGCUGCUGGAGCGCCUGAAGCACUGCGCGCCCAGCCGCGUCGUGGUCGUGGCCUCCAGCGCCCACCGCUCGGGGCGCAUCGACUUUGAGCGCCUGGGCCGGCCGGUGGAGGGCGUGCUGCAGAACUUCCAGGCCUACUGCGACAGCAAGCUGGCCAACAUCCUCUUCGCCCGGGAGCUGGCCGGCCGGCUCGAGGGCACCGGCGUCACCUGCUACGCGCUGCACCCAGGGGUCGUGAACACGGCGCUGUUCUCCUUCGUCCCUGCCUGGCUGUGGCCGCUUUUCGUGCCCUUCUCUUGGCUCUUCUUCCGAGACGCCGUGAGCGGAGCCCAGACCUCCAUCCACUGCGCCACCCAGGAGGGCAUCGAGGCGCUCAGCGGACGCUACUUUGCCGACUGCCGCCCGCAGGAGCCGCGGCCCCGCGCCCGGGACGACACCGUUGCCAGGAAGCUGUGGGAGGUCAGCGAGAGGAUGGUGGGGCUGGCCGCGUAGGGCGCUGCGCAUCUCGGUGCCGACGGGGACCAUGGGCAGGGCCCGAGCGGUGUCGUGCCAGCCGGGCGGUGGGCACAGGGAGGCUGUGCUGAAGGGGACCACACGUGCAGUCUGGGGCUGGGCUGCACUGGGCUUGAAUAAAGCAGGAUGCCUGCA